UCCCCUAUCCCGGGUACGGUUGUGUCAGAGCGCUGCUUUCUUCCUCCCCGGAGUGUCAUGUCAUGAUGCUCCAUGUCGGAUUUGAAUUCCAUUCGCAUUUGGUCAUCCCUGGGGUUUCUGUUUCGACAGCUGAGGAAGUGUGGGAGCUUUUGAGACGUCGGGUGCAUUACGGAGCGGGCGUCGCGGUGUCUGGAAUGUGAUGAUUCGGAAUGCGAAGUUUGUUUUGAUUGUGGAGUAGCUUGUGGAAGGAAAUCUGGCGUGAUGCGCGAAAGAUUUGGAAGAUUAAGGCUAGUUGUGUAGUUGUAGGAGGUGGUGGCAGUAAAGAGGGCGGAGAUGUGGAGAGGGACAGAGUGUGUGUGUGUGUGUGUGUGUGAGAGAGAGAGAGAGAGCGAGAGCGGAAAUGGGAAUUUAGGUGGUGGUGAAGUGGACGUGAAGAUGAUUCGUAGGAUUCGUUUCUGACCUUGGCACUGAGCAUACAGAUAUAUUAGAAGUUCGACAUGGAAGUCGAGUUGAUUCUUCGUUUGCCGGCUCGGUUCCGGAUGUGUCUCCAGAAGCACGAAGAGGAUAAGCACAGAGGCGGUUCUGGCGUUUCUUUAACUGGGAUGUAGUCUGCUUUGACGGGUGAAAUGCUGAAAGCUAGGGGCUCGAUUGCGCCUUGUUAGAGCCUUUGAAGUGAAGGAAUGGAGCGAAGUUCUUCCAUAAUGACUCACCCUGCGAAGGUGGAGCCGGAGGGUUCCCUAAGUGAAAUGAUCAAAGAGGUUUUGCGACUUGUGCAGAAAGAAAGAGUUCUCUCCAAGAAACAGGCCGACUUUUGUGAUGAUGCCUGCGUGUUGCGCUAUUUGAGAGCUCGUGGCAACAACGUCCGAAGAGCAGCAAGGAUGCUGAGAGCCACUCUGAAUUGGCGUGAGAAAAUAAACAUCGGUUACUUGAUUGCGGACGAAUUUCCAGCGGAACUCGCGGCAGGAGCUGCGUAUGUUGCAGGUCACGAUGAUGAAGGCCGGCCUGUAUUGGUAAUAAAGAAGAAGCCAGAUUAUAUUCUCAAUAAAAGUUACAAAGAAUAUCUUCGCCACAUAAUCUUCACAAUGGAGGUCGCGGUUGCUGCCAUGCCACCGGGAGUUGCCCAGUGGGUCCUCAUCCUUGAUGCUGGAGGCUACUCAAGAUUAAGUGCACCUUCGACUAGUGGCAUCCUCAGUACCCUGAAGAUGCUUGCUGAUCAUUACCCUGAAAGACUUGCCAAAGCCUUUAUUGUGGAUGCUUCUUCUAUGUUUUACUACUUUUGGAAGGGGAUUUGCACUUUUGUUGACCACGCGACAAGAGACAAGUUAGUUUUUUCCUACUCUAGAGAUUACCGGGCGAUACCAAGGUCACCGCGUACCUCAAAGACUUCGUUCUUAACAUCACCUUUUUCUAAGCGCACUCGAAUGUCAACCAGCUUUUGUGCAGAGGAUGUGAGAUCCCCGGCUCCUUUCAGAACUAAAUCAGUGUCAGCAGACUAUGCACUUCUGGAUCCAAUAUUUGAUGCUAGUCCAAAGAGUAGCGAGGACAAAAAGUCACCUAACAUGCUGUUCGAGGGGCCGGAACUGGCAUCAAGCUUGAGAAGAAGAUCCUUUUCAUUCUCGUCUGUGACUGGCCCUAUCACCUGUGCAUCACCUGAUUUCAAAGAUGACGAAUUUUCGAGUUUUAGAAAUGACGAAGAAAUCUUCGACCAGUCCGAAAUUUCAGGAUCAGAGCCUGGACGAACAAAUCGAGGUAAAGUCCCCUCGUGGGAUGGAUUGAUUUCCAUCUUCUACCCGCUGAAGAGAACUGAUACAAGGGUAACCAGUGAAGUGAAACAUAGAAAUGUCGAUACCUUCCGGCCCUACUUGAAGUUCCUUCAGGCCACUUAUGACGAGUCUGCGUAUAGAGCAUUGAUGAAGCCUCCGCUUGGAGGGCUGGCCACAAUUAUAUCCAGAGAUCUGAAACACAUCAGCAGUCUUUGACCUUGAUCUAGGUAAGGUUCAUGAUUUAGUCAUUGUAAACAUGCUUAGAUUCCUAGACUCCAUCCUUCGGCUGUUCAGGAUCUCCCUAGCCCUUAUGUACAUUUAUUCACGGUCACUAAAAUCUUUCUUUAGCUAGGUGUGGUAUUUUUCCAUGAGGAAAUGGUGAGGAUUUUCGUUACAUUCGAACUUCACCACUUGGCGUAAGAGAUAAAUCCCGUAAGGAUCUAAUCUUUUAAAGCUUU